CACAACGGCGACUUCGCCAUGCAGAAGUACCUUCUGCUACAGAGUCAGCACGAGGAGCUGCGGCAACACAUGCACGAACUCUGCCCAACUUAUUCAUCUGCUACAACAGGCACUUCGCCUUCACUCUCGCCGACGCGAUCCAUCAGCUUCUCUCCCACAUCUAGCAAACACACAUCACCCUCGCGAUCCCGAAACCACAAGCGAUCGUCAGGUGGCCACUCUUCCGCAUCGCGGUCGGGUUCCCAAGGUUACUCGGUCGCCAAUUCAUUGGACACCGUCCUCGAUGAAGACAUCGUGAUGGAGAUGGCGGUCGACGAGCAGAAGCUAUGCGAUGUCAAUGAGGGCAUCAAGCGGGCGCUUACAGAACUGCUCAAUUGUGAGACUGUUCGUAAAGAUCGGACGAUGCGCACAUGGGUCCAAUCACGCCUGAUGGACACCGAGCGCGAACUGAGAAUAGGUCGACGGAGGAGGAGUAAUGGGAGU